AAAAAGAUCUUGUUCUGCUGCAUGAAAAUAUGAGAAUGGAUAGAAAUUAAAGGCGUUGUACACACAAAUGGAGGACAAGAAAUUGCUGUCAGAAGGGUUUAUUUUAACGUUGAAAAUUUUUAAAACAAGCUUUUGAGCAUUACUGUUGGUUUGGCGACUGUGUUUGAACGACGGCCAAUGACAAUUCUGGGCAAACGGAAGGCAGACGAUGCAUCACCAUCAUGUCUCGCUAGCGACAAUCAAAGUGAAGACUUGGAGACAGUAGUCCAGGAUUUCACCAUUCUCGAAUCCAAUCCUUUCCUGGUCUCGGAUUCGGAAUCAGAUCGUGCUUCGGACGUUGCUGACCCGCCAGAGAAUGGUAUAUCUACACCUCCACCGGUAACAGAACACGAUAGCUCUCUGGCAACAUACGUCCAGGAGGCGAAGAAUUCUAUUCUGGACAGAAUUUCCGAGCGUUCCUUGCCAAUUGAUCUUUCGAAUCUGUCAGAACAGUACGACAAGCUGCAUCACUUGUUAGAACAAACCGUCAAAGUAGGCGAAAGUAAUUCGUGCUUACUUAUUGGCAAUCGUGGAUCAGGAAAAACGGUAUUAGUUCGGAAAGUAAUCCAAAGUCUUCAAAAAGAGCAUAAAGACAAUUUCCUGACGGUGGAACUGAACGGACUCAUACAAACCGACGACCGAAGCGCGUUACGAGAAAUCACGAGACAGUUGACUCGAGAAUCGCAAAUGGAAGAUAGAAGCUUUACGUCGUUUGCUGAAUCGCUGGCGUUCCUUCUGUCGUUGCUGAAAUCAGGAUCAAAGUCAACAACACCGGUCAUUUUCAUAUUGGAUGAAUUUGAUUUAUUUGCUCAACAUACCAAGCAGGCUUUGCUUUAUAAUCUUUUUGAUAUUGCUCAAAGUUCACAAAAUCCUAUUGCCGUGAUUGGCUUAACGUGUCGCUUGGACACUAUGGAGCUAUUGGAGAAACGUGUAAAGUCACGAUUCUCACAUCGACAGAUAUACCUUUAUCCGCCAUCAAGUUUUGGAGAUUUUUCUAGCGCGACGAAGAGCGUUUUGUCGCUUCCUAUGUCUGACUCCAUAACAGAUGAAAAUCAUACAACUUACAUACGUAAUUUCAAUGAAGCUUUAGAUACCUUGUUCCAGGACCCAUUAUUUCUAGCGGUCAUUCGACGUAUCUUUGAUCUGACCAAAGAUCUGCGCAUGGUUUUUAAAAUAUGUUUUCAGCCCGUCAGUUCCUUGUCAGCUCAGAACCCAUUCCUAACGGCAACACAAUUUUAUGAUUCUGGAAUCAUGCAGCGUGCAGAUUCCAAGACUGAACUGUUGAAAGGCGUAUCACUAUUGGAGCUCAUAUUGAUUGUGAGCAUGGGCAAGCUUCUUGAUCGAGAAACGUCAACCUUUAACUUUCAAAUGGUUUAUGAUGAAUACAAAGACUUUAUGAAUAUGACUCAAGCUAGUGGACACAGCUUUGGAAUGAAACUAUACAAGCGCGCGGUUGCCCUUAAGGCUUUCGAACACUUGCAGUCCUUUGAACUGGUCUGCCCUGUCGAAUCUGUCGCAAAAUGUCCAAAAGAAUAUCGAAUGAUGAAAAUCAUGUUAGAACCUAGCCAGAUCAGCAAUGCUGUCGCGAAGUACAGAGAUUGUCCAACGGCCGUUAAAAAAUGGGGUAUUGGCAAUCCACUGUAAUAAUGUAAAUAAACCACGCUAUAUUCAUUGUAGAGCUA